UGUGUGCAGGGCCGCGGGCCCCGGAAAGGUGGGAAGGCUGUGGUCGGUUGAGGGAGGCACCCUGGAGAGGUUUCAGUGGACGGAAGGAGUGGGCAGGGCCCUCCGCAGAGCUGUGGGUUUUGAGAGAGGUACUUUUCUCUCCAGUGACGGAGGGGUGGGAUUUGCCCACCGGGCCUCCUUUCUGGUUAGGGCCUCUGUUGUAUUGCCCCAGCCCGGGUUCACCUCGAGAGGGGGAGAAGGAAGGCCUGUCCGGGUCGGGGAACCUUUCUUGUAGGAUCUUGCAGUCAGCCACGUGUCUGCUCAAAAGCCGCAGAGAAAGUCCACAGAAAAGGAGGAGUUUCUGGAGGAGGGGCAUGGAGCUGUAAAAGUGGUGAUGGGGGUGAGAAAGGGGCGGAGAAAGAGAAUUCAAAACCCUCUAAUCGUUAGUCGAUGCAGCACCUCUAGGUGCACUAGUUAGGUAGCUGGGUGUAUGGAUUCAUCGGAUGAGGUUGGGGAGGUGUGAGCAGAGUCCAGGCUAACUGAAAAGGAACUUUAGCGAUUAAGGGAGAAAACCGUUGUAGCCUUUGAGAAAGGGGGGCAUAUCCUGCUAUUAUAGUGUAAAAGAGGAUAAUUUAGUUCAAAAAAUUUUGCCAAUUUUCCUGAACUAUCACCGCCUAUAUUGUUGACUUAUGAAGUGUAUGUAAAUCUUUUUUUUAAAUUUUUAGUAUACAUAGCCUGACUUUUCUGUAGUUAAUACUUACGUUUUCAAACGAUAACAAGAGAUUUUUCAGUUAGGGGAGCCCCUUAAAGAGGGAGUUCUGAAAUCUGUAGGUUAUCAGUUGAUACUGAAGAAGCUUGGUGGGCCUGGGAUCGGGAGGCAGGGCAGGGAGAGCAUCAUCCCUGGUUACCUGGGAAGAGCACGAUGUGAAGUGUAACCUGGGAGACACAGCAGGCCUUGUAGACUCAGAGCAGAAAAGGUCUGUACCUGGAGACUGUAGUUCUCGUGGAGUUUGAAAGAAGGUUUUCUGGAAAGAAAUUGAGUAGACUUAGAGAAGCAACUGAAGAGAUCAAGGGGAUGGAAUACUUUAAUGUGAUACCCACUGCCAUCGAGUCAAUUCUGACUCAUGGCGACCCUAUAGGACAGAGUAGAACUGCCCCAUAGAGUUUCCAAGGAGCACAUGGGCUGGAAAAAAAAAUUAGAACUCUGGUAUAAAACUCACUGCCAUUGAGUCGAUUGCAACUCAUAGCGACCUCAUAGGACAGAGUAGAACUGUGCCGUCGGGUUUCCAGGGAGAGCCUGGUAGAUUGGAAAUGCCAACCUUUUGGUUAGCAGCUAUAGCACUUAACCACUGCGCCACCAGGGCUCCCUGGUACAGAAGAACCCAACCCAGUACCCAGUACCGUCGAGUGGUAUAGAAGAGAGAGGCAAAAAACAAAACACCCACCUAGUGGAUGAUAACUAAAUAUUUAUCGUGAGCGUAUGUUUAUCAUAUACAUAUGUUAACUGUAAACUUGUUUACAAACCAAAGGAUUAUUUACACACAUAAAGAGGGCCUCCUGCAAUAAAUACUUACCUUAUAGGACUUGGUUCUCUGUGAGAAGCUGUUAGGGUGGAAGAUAAACGAACUAAAUUUAAGAAGGGUUUGGCCCUCUAAUGGAUUGCUAAAGAAGGGUGCUUAGGAUACUUAAGGGGCAAAUAGAAGUGAAUGUGUUAGAGGAGGCUGAUUGGGUGGGGCAGGGCUGGCAGGAAGUCAGUUAUUUCAGGCUGGGUGUGUGGGAGGAACGCAGGACUUCUAAAAGGUGGGAAGGCUGUGGUCAGUUGAGGGCAGGACUCAGGAGGGGGUCUUAGUGGCUGUGAGUGUUAUUUGGACAGAAAUAGUGGGUCAGAUCACUGGUCUGACUCCAAAUGGGGGCCUAUCUAUGGAUAAUAGUGCCUAGGGCGAUUAGUGUUAAAUUGUUGAAUGAUCUCUCACAACUGGCAUGGAAACUGUCCUGGGCAACAGAAACUGCUCGUUGGCUCCCCACCUCAAGUGGUGCCCAGGGCAUGAGUCCGACCUUGGCGGGGAGACCCACCCUAGAUAGGCCUCUCCCAAAGUAACUUUUUUGUUUGUGCUUUGUGAGUCUGCCUUGACGUAAAAGAAGAACAACUGGGAAUCUUUAAUCUUUCAUAAAAUGCUGGCAGGUAAUUAACCAGAACAGGAUCGACGCCAGCGUCCUCUGCAGCCUUUCAAUGGAUCCUGUUCGACCGCCAUUCAGGGGCCUUUCUCCUAUCCACCCAUCUCAGUAUGUACGGAUGCCAGGCUCCUGGGCACAAGCUCCUAAACACUUGGAGUCAGCUCUGGGCAGGGCAGGACCUGCAGGCAGAGGCAGUGUAUUUGGAAAACCAGAGGAACCAAGCCCACAGAAUGGGCCAGCACAAAAGGAAUCUGUGGGUUUAGUCUCCAUGUUCCGGGGACUAGGCCUGGAAACUGUGUCCCAUACCCCUCUGUUACGAGAAAUGCCUCCUUUAGGUAGAGGCAUUUUUGGCCGAGGCUUGUCUGCUAAUAUGGUGCGCAAGGACAAAGAAGAACCUCAUCCCACUUCUCCAGAUCCAUCAGUGUUGGCAGGUGGGGAUAGCACGUUGGCAGAGGCCACCAUUGGUUGGAAUAGAAUGCUUGGAAGAGGAAGUUCAGAUAUUUCUUUAUUACCAUUGGGAAGAGCAGCUGGGGGGCUAGGCCGGGGAGUAUACAGACCUCCCAGUGCACUCAGCCUGACUUCCCGGGACCCACCAGAGUUGUCUUCAUCGCCACCUCUGCCCCAGUCCUCACUACACUCUCCAGAUCGCCCUCCAGCUGUGGCUGUCGAACACAAGGAGAAAGAGCUUUUUGUGAAGCAAGGAUCAAAAGGAAAACCUCAAUCUUUGGGACUGAACCUCAUCAAAAUACAGUGUCAUAAUGAAGCAGUUUAUCAAUAUCAUGUGGCUUUCAGCCCCAACGUGGAGUGCAAAAGCAUGAGGUUUGGGAUGUUGAAGGACCAUCAAGCUGUCACCGGAAAUGUUACUGCUUUUGAUGGAUCCAUUCUCUAUCUGCCUGUUAAACUGCAACAAACUCUUGAGUUAAAAAGUCAGAGGAAAACUGAUGGUGCUGAUGUCUGCAUUAAAAUUCAGUUGACGAAGAUCCUGGAGCCCUGUUCUGACUUAUGCAUCCCCUUCUACAAUGUUGUUUUCCGUAGGGUAAUGAAACUUUUAGAUAUGAAGCUUGUGGGGAGAAACUUCUAUGACCCUACAAGUGCUAUGGUACUACAACAACACAGAUUGCAGAUCUGGCCAGGCUAUGCAGCUAGCAUCCGGAGGACAGAUGGAGGCCUUUUCCUGCUGGCUGAUGUCUCCCAUAAGGUCAUUCGGAAUGAUUCUGUGCUGGAUGUCAUGCAUGCUGUGUAUCAGCAGAACAAAGAAAACUUCCAGGAUGAAUGCACUAAGCUUCUGGUUGGCAAUAUUGUUAUAACCCGAUACAACAACCGCACUUAUCGUAUUGAUGAUGUGGACUGGAAUAAGACUCCAAAAGAUCGCUUCACAAUGUCUGAUGGGAAGGAGAUCACAUUCUUGGAAUACUACAGCAAAAACUACGGGAUCACAGUUAAGGAAGAGGACCAGCCACUGCUGAUCCACAGGCCCAGUGAGAGACAGAAUAACCAAGGGAUGUUGCUAAAAGGCGAAAUACUGCUGCUGCCUGAGCUUUCCUUCAUGACUGGAAUCCCAGAGAAAAUGAAGAAGGACUUCAGAGCCAUGAAGGAUUUGACUCAACAGAUCAAUCUGAGCCCUAAACAGCACCAUAAUGCUUUGGAAUGUUUGCUACAGAGAAUUUCAAAGAAUGAGGCAGCCAGUAAUGAAAUGACACGUUGGGGUCUCUGUCUUCAAAAUGAUGUACAUAAGAUUGAAGGACGAGUUCUGCCAGUGGAAAGAAUUAAUUUAAGAAAUACUUCAUUUACCACAUCUCAGGAACUCAACUGGAUUAAGGAAGUAACCAGAGACCUUUCCAUUUUGACUGUCCCCAUGCAUUUCUGGGCACUGUUUUACCCAAAGAGAGCAAUGGAUCAGGCCCGAGAGCUGGUUAACAUGUUAGAGAAGAUAGCUGGCCCCAUUGGCAUGCGAAUGAGCCCACCAGCCUGGGUUGAACUAAAGGAUGACCGGAUAGAGACCUAUAUCAGGACCAUUCAAUCCAUGCUGGGAGUUGAGGGGAAGAUACAGAUGGUUGUUUGCAUCAUCAUGGGCACACGUGAUGAUCUCUAUGGGGCCAUCAAAAAGCUGUGUUGUGUGCAGUCUCCAGUGCCCUCGCAGGUCAUCAAUGUCCGAACCAUUGGGCAGCCCACCAGGCUUCGGAGUGUGGCCCAGAAAAUUUUACUUCAAAUUAACUGUAAAUUGGGUGGUGAGCUCUGGGGAGUGGAUAUUCCCCUGAAACAAUUAAUGGUGGUUGGGAUGGAUGUUUACCACGACCCUAGCAGAGGCAUGCGCUCCGUGGUUGGCUUUGUUGCGAGCAUCAAUCUCACCCUCACGAAAUGGUAUUCCCGAGUGGUAUUCCAGAUGCCUCAUCAGGAGAUUGUGGAUAGCCUGAAGCUGUGCCUAGUGGGCUCCUUAAAAAAGUUUUAUGAGGUGAACCACUGUCUACCAGAGAAGAUAGUGGUGUACCGUGAUGGAGUGUCUGAUGGCCAACUAAAGACAGUUGCCAACUAUGAGAUUCCUCAGCUACAGAAGUGUUUUGAAGCUUUUGACAAUUAUCAGCCCAAGAUGGUGGUAUUUGUAGUUCAGAAGAAAAUCAGCACCAAUCUGUACCUGGCUGCUACUGAGCACUUUGUGACUCCCUCCCCUGGGACUGUGGUGGACCAUACAAUAACAAGUUGUGAAUGGGUGGAUUUCUACCUUCUUGCCCAUCAUGUACGUCAGGGCUGUGGCAUUCCUACACAUUAUGUAUGUGUUCUCAACACUGCAAACCUGAGCCCUGAUCAUAUGCAGAGGUUGACUUUCAAACUGUGCCACAUGUACUGGAAUUGGCCUGGUACCAUAAGAGUUCCAGCUCCUUGCAAAUAUGCUCACAAGCUAGCUUUUCUGUCCGGACAAAUCUUGCAUCAUGAACCAGCCAUCCAGCUGUGCGAGAACCUGUUCUUCCUGUGA